CUUUGACUUCAUCGCCCCAGAGUCCACCGCGAGCUUACGAAAGACGGUGUAUUUUUGAACAUUUAGCAGCAUAUACAGCGGCUUAGUGGCCCACAGCCUAGAAAUUCUGAAAGGAGGUGGUCCGGUCUCCAGACGAAGGUGCCUUUUGAAGCUUGAAGUCCUGCUCACCAUCAAGUCGGUAUGCUCUUGGACUGCGAGCUGGCUUCACUGACUGCAGUUCCUCAUUAUAGACCGCCUUCCGACUGUAGUUUCUGCUCUUUCAAACACUUCUGUUAUAGUUCGCGACAUCUACCAGCUACUCGCCUAACGACCUCAGACAAUAACGCCAAGUGCUGUACAACACCUUUGCCUACAAUCAGGAAUGUCUUCUACGACACAGAUACUGUUCAAUUCUCCGGCUUUGAACUCUCUCAAGCGUGAUCAACUCAUUAAGCUCUGCAAACAUCAUGGUCUCAAGGCAAACGGGAAGAACGCCGAGCUCAUCGAACGAUUGAAGCAGAAGGCUGACGAGCUCCCACCUGAAGCCGUCACGUGGAAAGACUCCGACGAAGAAGAUGAGGACGACCUCUUGAUGGACGACAGUCUCAUGGCGGAGCAGCCUCCCCGACCGAGCGAGCAGUGGGAGAUAGUCAUGGACGAUAUUGAAGAGAUCGACGAGGCUGUUUCGAAGUCGAACACAUUGACGUCAUUGCAAAGCGUGCGCUCUCCUGGCACACCUGGAGAAUUUGGAACAGCAGGGUCCAAAGGUACGUAGUG